ACUCCGUUACAGGCAAAUGGAGGAUUCAUGGAGAUUAAGAAAGUAACCUUUUCGAUUAUCGUUACGUUGUCACAGUGAAGUCUCUCUUUUACCGUUUUCUUUCGCCAUGCCCAAUUUAUCCGAGUUCUUGCUUAUGCUAGCAUUAUUUAUAUUCAAUAAGAAUUGGGUGAAGAGUGCAGACUGCGUCCACAAACGAAUCAACGCGGGACACAAUGAUCAUGGGCCCGUCCUUGCAAGCUUUAUCGUUCCAGAUGACACAUUAAGACAGGUGGUAUACCAUCAGACUCCACAGAGGGACAGCGGGUUCGUCAGAGAAGAGACAGUAUCCACCCUCAAAGUUCAGGUGAAGGAUGCAGUGGCCCAUCAGACUCUGAGCGAGGCGACUGUGGACAUGUUCAUGAACCACACACUCAUCGGCUCUGCUGUAACUGACAGCGAUGGAUCCGCCCUGUUUCAUGUCCCAUACAUACAGGGCAGGGCUCUCACCUUAGUGGCAAGCCAGGAUGGUUAUAUCCAUACCUCACUGCCUUGGAAAACUUCCAAGAUGCCAAUAUUUUCCUCUGUGACUCUGUCACUUUUCUCCCAAAACCAAGGAAACAUAUGGCUAUUUGAAGAUUCUGUCCUCAUAACAGGCAAAAUCUCUGAUACCAUGCCCCAGCCAAAUGUGCAGUUCCCAAAGAGCCUGCUCUCUCUUCCAUCCAAUAACAUCUCCUCCCUAACAGUCUACCUGUCCUGGCCUCAACUUCCUUCUUUGAAACACUCCUUCCUCUACACCACAGGCAUUAUGCUCAGCAAGUCUGGGUAUAGGAGUAUUGAACUAAAGGCAGUCGCAGCAGUUAUUGUGCAGCUCCUGUAUAAGGGAGGAGAUGUUCCGGUGAUGGGACCUAUCCAGAUCACUCUGCCUCUUCAUGAAAGCAGCCAAUCACAGCAUUUGGAUGCUGUUCCAGCCUGGUCCUUUGACAGAAAGACUGGCGCGUGGGUGAAUCGCGGUCUGGGAAUAGUCCGCAUGGAGAAUGGGCGUUUGGUGUGGGUGUACGUCGCUCCCCACCUGGGCUACUGGCUUGCUGCCCCUUUUGCCCCAGCUUCUGGUUACAUGGGGCAUGAAAGCCCUCUGGACCUCAUUUCACACCAUAUGUACUCUCUCAUGGCAAUACUAAGUGGAACCUUAGUGAUUGCUAUUGGAUUGUUUGCUGUAGUGUUAUGCUACUGUAGGGGAUUCCUGUGUAUGUCAGACAAAAAGGGCAUCAAUCACACAAAAAUAGCAGUUCAAAAGAGAGAUGAGACUACCUGCACAAACAACGAUGACCACCAGGACUUGCUCUUCAGAGAUCCGGAGCCACAUGAAGAAAUUUCUCCCUCAGUUGUAUCCCCAGGCACGUGUCAAAGGCAACAGCCUGUCAACUCCAACAUGGAACUGGAGUGCAGUACCUGUGUGGGGGAAACUGAAACAUCCUCUCUUCAAAUCUAUGAAGACACUAAUGGGAUGGCACCAGAAUCUUCCAAGCAUUCCCAUCUUCAUAUGUAUGUCAACAGCAACAAAAUAGUGAUGCCUGUGUCUCUCAAAGAAAACAUCUUCCUUCCAGAGAAGUUAUUUGUCUGUAACCAGCCGGUGGCAAUAUUUCACAUGCUAGACCAAUCCAGUCCAUCAGAGCACACAUCAGGUGUCAGGUCUGCCACACUACCCAGGAAAGCUAUUCAGGAUGAUAGCAUAGAAAAGCCAGUUAGCAAGAACACUUUCAUACAAACUUUACCAAAAACUCAGCUACUCUCUGACAGCCAACAGCAGGCCAUUACAGAGACUCCGUAUCGAGACCCUGGAUUAUCCAACAAUCCAGGAGCCUGGAGCUGCUUUAACAGCCUGUCAGAGUCAGUAUCUGUCCCAGAGGCCCUUAAUGAAGCUUUGGGAAUGGACACCCUUUGUGGGAGUCAUCAGGGAAGCUCAGAGCAGACCCUAUUGGAGCUGUCCAAAAGCAAGCCUUUACCCCACGCACGAGCCUGGUUCGUGUCCUUGGAGGGCACCCCUGCUGCCCAGGUGCGCCACUCCAUUGUGGACCUUCACAGGAGUUCCCUCCUUGUCAACAGCCACGACACCAGCCUGGACUCCGGCGUCGACCUGAACGAUCAGCAUUCAGGGCGAAAGCAUGGUCAGUGGCAUGUGCGAAGCACAGCAAAUCUCCGCGAUCGCUGCAUGGAGGACGUGGACCUGAGCAGCAGUGAGAGUGGAGCAACUGCAUCCUGCACCCCAGAGGAGCUCUCCCUCCACAGCAGCAGUGGGACCAUUGCCAACCUCCCCAAGGAGAGAGACAAUGUGGACACAUCUGGUGAGCAUGAGGCCAGUGAGUGUGCAGCUGGACCUCGAGUACAGAGACUCAGGAGGACAAGAGUGGAGAAACUGAAACGCACCUGGCACAUAAGGGAGGACAGGCCACUUAUGAAACUAAACUAAAGACACAAUGGUUGGAAUGUUUGCUUUAGAAAUGGAUUCUGCCAUUAUGUACCACCUGAUUAAAUGGCAAGGAUUAAACAGCAUUACAAUUACAUUUCAAUACUUUUAACCUUUAAAGCAUCAUGCCUAAAUCACAACUACUAUUACUAGCUUUUUUUAUUAUUUGAAAAGUAGAUAAUUAUUUAUAUACCAUCAGCUGGAUUGUCCAAAAAAAGAAAGAAAAAAAAUAGUGUGAUAGUGUCCUAUGUUUAUUUACAGUGACUAAAAUAAAAUAAAAAAUGUAAAAAAAAUAUUUGGGACAGUUAAAAGUUUUAUAGGAAUUCAGUCCGUCACCAAAAUCAUCGUUGGUGAACAGUUCACCUAAUUAUAUAUAGGUGUAAUGUGUUUGUUUUGUGUGAAUUCCUGGCUGUGUAGAAUUUCAGGGUUUCAGAUAAUGGAAUGGGCAGGUGAAAACUCCACCCUCUGUUUACUGACUAUAGAUUACACUUUUUUUUCUGAAUGCUUACAUGAUUUUUAAAUCUACAGCUCAUUUUUGCAAGACUCUACACACAAACCCCCAAAACACUCACAUAUCCUGAAAAAUAUGUGUGUGCAAAACUACACACUUUGUUUAAAAUUAUAUGAAAUCUAAAAAUUGUAUUGUUGCACUAAAAUUCUACACACAAACCAUUAAAUUAAUAGUUCAUCCUAAGAACCAACUAGACCCUAAGGGGAUACAUGCAAUCCACUGCCAUCCAUUUUGUAUUUUCAGUGUGGCAUGCACAGCAGCAUGCUGUAAAUGCUUCCAAACAUUUCUUCAAAUACACGUACAUUUAGUAACGUUAACCUGCGUUUAAAGCAAACCCAGUUGCUGAGUCAUUUAAAAAUCAUACAUCUGCCACUAGAUGUCAUUGUAUCUCAGGUUUAACUGAGUUUUGUCUUAAACCUGCUAAAGAUUUGGCUUUACUGUGGUUUAGGGCAAGAGUUUUGUUACUAAUGCACAUUUACAGAUAUAUUUUAAUAAUCCAUACCUAGGCCUAUAUAGUUUCUACCAUAAUGUUUUGUGAACUUUAUGGUAUGUUUUAAUUAAAUGAUCUGUUGCUUAAAUGCACCGAGGUACCAUACACAACUAGAGGCAACAUUAAUCACUGCAGUCUUUAUUAGGCUUUUUCAGAAUGUAUUGUUGUAUCACUAUUAUUGACCAACUAUUAUUCACCCUUCUCCAAACACACACACACACACACACACACACACAUACACACACGAAAGUAGGAAACAAGUCACUAACCAGGCUGAGCAAUUAAAAUGUAUUUACCAUGAUUGCUAAAUGGAAUGUAUUGCCUGCAAUGUCUUCAGUAUAGGGACCAUAUGCUGUAUUAAAGGUGGCCAGCUGUGCAACUGUGUGGGUUUCUUCCAGACUCACCCUACACUGUACAUCAUUGCACAAGUGACAGGUGCUCUGUGGGCUGGUUCACAGUCCCAUAGUGAGACAGGCAAAGCAGCUUUUAAAGAUGCCAAAAGCGUGUUCAAUGCAGUAGCACGCAUUCUUGAGGCUUCUGUUAAAUCACAGCUCCAUGGGUUAAAUGGUCCUUCUGAGAGCUUUCUACAGGUAGCUUCAGACACUGAGCAGCACUCCACUGUAAACCCUUUCAUCAAAUCGUGCUUUAAGAUUGCUGC